AUGCCUCCUAAAAAAAGGGGCACCGUACAUAAUAAACGAACAAACCAUCAUGUACAACGUGAUUACGCAGAGCGACUAAAUGAUCUAAUUAUAGAGUCAUCAGAAGAUAGUUCAAAUGAUUCUUCGGAUGACGAAGGUGUGGCACCUUCAUUCACUGUAAGCAUGUGGGACUUAAACCACUGUGACCCCAAGAAAUGUUCAGGAAGAAAACUACUGAGACAUAACCUUAUUAAGAAUUUAAAACUCGGUCAAAGGUUUCAAGGGCUGGUUUUGUCACCAGUCGGUACGCAAUGUGUCAGUCCAUCAGAUAAAGACAUUAUAGAGAAGUUUGGUCUUGCUGUGAUUGAUUGCUCAUGGGCAAAGAUUGAUGAAACUCCAUUUGGACGCAUGAAAUCUAACCAUCCUCGUCUGCUACCAUUUUUAGUUGCGGCUAAUCCGAUCAACUAUGGAAAACCAUAUCAGCUGAGCUGUGUAGAAGCUUUAGCAGGUGCAAUGUUCAUUACAGGUCAUAAGAGUGAAGCAAAGUUUUACCUUUCAAAGUUUUCCUGGGGUCAUUCCUUUUUAGAAUUGAAUUCCGAAGUAUUGGAUUUAUAUGCAAAUUGUGCAGACAGUAAAAGUGUAAUAGAAGCUCAAAAUCAGUUUCUAGAAAAUGCAGGAAAACUUAAAGAUGAUAAGCCAAUGUGGCCCCCGAGUGAUUCUGAAACAGAAUCAGAAGAUGGGUGA